AUGCCUAAUCUGAUGCAUUUUUACUUUCGCAUCGUGAUACAGAAAAUUACAUUGCCAUUUAGUGGUGGUUUACUUUAUGCUCAUAAGUGGCAAACAAUGUUAGAAUAUAAUGCUCCACAUUUAUCUAAAUUUGAAUUUGAUAUAACAACUUACACGAUGUAUCAUAGCAACGAAGCAUUUACUAUUGACACAUCAUUUGAAUAUUUUGUAAAAAAAUGUGUUAAUUGGAAUAUAAUUAUUGAUCGAUGGAUAUUUAAUAAUCAGUCACGAGAAGUAUUUGUUAUGUUACGUACAUUAAAUUAUCGAAAACAUAAAACAAAUUUAUUCAUGAAAAUUCCUGUUAUUAAUAUUGGUUCGUUUACAACAUGGUCAACAGUAUCAAAUAAUCAUCAUCUUUUUUAUUCUGAUAUUGAAAAAGUAUCAAUAUUGAUAACACAGGAAAGACCAGGUAUAACAUUGACUUCUCCUCGUUUUCAACAAAUCAAACAUCUCAUUGUAGAAAUAUCAACGAUGGAUCCAUGGAUGUGGGUUUCUCCACCAAAUAUUGAUGAGUUUAAUAAAAAACUUGAUAAUGUUGCAAAACAAAAUGUUACUUAUCUUUCAUAUUUUGUUCAGUUAUUAAAUGUAUCUAAAAUAGAAUUUGGAUCAACAUUUGAUAUAUCUAGAUGGAAAGAUGCUCAAUUUAUUUUACAAGCAUGCUCAAAUAUAAUUCAUCUUAUAAUUCGUACUGAAUUAUUGGUUUCAUCAGAAUUUAUUAAUAGUUCAUAUCUUAUUCCAAUAUUUAAACAAAUUAAAUCGAUUAAAUCAAUAAACAAAAGAGUUUAUUUUCCUUCAAAUUUAACAUUAAAACUUGUUCAACAUUUUCCAUUACUUACUCAUAUUGAACUUGAAGUCUGCUCAUUUGACGAUUGUGUAUCUAUUAUUGAAAUAUUUCUUAGUUGGCUGAAAAAUUUAUCGUAUCUUAAAAUUAAGUAUUAUGAAGAUACAGUACGCUGUAAUCCUUUUUCAUAUGAUUAUAUUCUUGAAAAACGUCGUCAAAUAUGUACAAAUAAUAUUUUUCAUCAAGAAAUGAUUGAUGUGAAAAAUGAUGAAGGAACAAUUGAAAUUUGGUUGUCUUAA